AUGUCUCUUCACUUCCCUCGCGUCCGUUCAGUUGAAGGAUUGGCCAGCCUCUCAACAUCGACGGGACGCACUACAAGCAGAUCGUGGAGCCGACGGACGGUGAUCCUGCAGAUCGACGCGGCCACCGAGGGCGACAUGGGAGAAAUCACGUGCGUUGCGAAGAACCCCGAGGGCGACUCUCAGUCCUCCGCCACACUCUCCGUCCUUGGCUUCAAGCGCGAGGACGGUCAGCCUGACGGACCUGCUGCCUUCACCGAAGGCCUCAAGGACAUGAGAUCAAGCUGGACGACCGCUGCUUCUUUCACCUACGACGGCGAUCGGACAUACCUUGAAAUCCGUCCUUGCAAGGGAUCCGAUUCGGGAAUGUACAAGUGCGUAAUCCAGAACAGCCAUGGAUCGGCUGAGACGGAGUGUGAAGUGUCCAUCAGGAAGUGCUACGAAGCUCCAUUCUUCACCAACACCUUCACUAGAAUGGAUAAGCUGCCUGGUAGUGAGGUUAAGAUGUCGGUGAGGUACGACGGCGUGCCCAAGCCCGAACUCUCCUGGUUCCACAACGGCGAGCCCAUCCUUCACGACGGCGACAAGUACCGCAUCAGGAAGGACGGCGAUGGCCAGACUCUCACGGUGAAGGAGCUCACCUACAGCGACUCUGGCGCCUGGAAGGUUGUCGCCAAGAACGCGAGGAGAAACUGAGCACGAGGCGGAACUCAACGUUUCGGAUGACGUGGAUCCUAACAGGCGCAUUGAGGCCCCUGUGUUCAUGAAGGUGAUUGGAGACCAAGAGCUCUUCGAGGGCUACAACGCUCUCUUUAAGGCCGUGGUGUCGGGCAAACCAGAGCCUGAGUUCAAGUGGCUCAAAAACGGAGGC